CAGGUUCUCCUCUUUGAAUGACAGAAGCAGCAUGAUGUGGACUUUCAGCUUGAUCCUCUUCUGGGGUUGGCUGCCCUGGUUGAUACAGGUGAAAUCUGAUGUGAAUGAGUGUGCAGACUCCACCACAUGCCCAUCUCAUGCCACUUGUACCAAUACUGCGGACAGUUACUACUGCACUUGCAAAAAAGGCUUCCUCUCCAGCAAUGGACUGAUCCAGUUCAGGGGCCCAGGGGUGGAAUGCAAAGAUGUAGAUGAAUGUUCUCAAAGACCCCCACAAUGUGGAGCUAACUCAGUCUGCAAAAACCUGCCGGGGAGGUACAGGUGCAGCUGCUCACAUGGUUUCUCUUCUCCCACUGGAGAUAACUGGACCCUGGGAAAGCCAGGUCAUUUCUCCUGUACAGACAUCGAUGAAUGCCUCGACAGUGGGGUCUGCCCAGAGCAUUCUGAGUGUGUCAACUCUUUGGGAAGCUACAGUUGCCAAUGCCAAAAUGGAUUCAUCAUUAACAACGCCACCUGUGAAGAUGUGGAUGAAUGUGCUGAUCCCAGAGCUUGCCCGGAGAACGCGACUUGCCACAACAGUCUUGGAAGCUACUCUUGUGUCUGCAACCCAGGAUUUGAAUCCAGCACUGGAAACAUAAGUUUCCACGGCCCAGGAGGGACGUGUGAAGAUGUGGAUGAAUGUUCCAGAAACUCAACUCUUUGUGGUCCCAGUUCCGUCUGCACCAACAUCCUGGGAGAAUAUAGUUGCUCCUGUCUGCCUGGGUACUUUUCACCUGAUUUUUGGAAUCCCAAGCAACCGGAGGCUUUCAAAUGUAUAG